CGUGACGUCACGGUGACGCUGUGUUCGCGCGCGGAUAUGCAGUAUCUGGCGCCCCUCCCCAGCGGAUCUUCUCUCAGUAGAUUCUGGAAGCUCAUGCUCGCGCUAUGGAGAAAGCUGCGCAACUGAAAGACGAAGGCAACAAGGCUCUGAGCGCAGGAGACGUGGAGGCAGCGGUCAGGUGCUACACCGAGGCCCUGACCCUUGACCCUAACAACCACGUGCUCUUCAGCAACCGCUCCGCUGCCUACGCCAAGAAGGGAGACUACGACAGUGCCCUGAAAGACGCCUGCCAGACCAUCCAGAUCAAGCCCGACUGGGGCAAGGGCUACUCAAGAAAAGCAGCUGCUUUGGAGUUUCUCGGGCGAUUGGAGGAUGCCAAAGCCACCUAUCAGGAGGGGUUACGCCGAGAGCCGACCAAUCAGCAGCUCAAGGAGGGUCUUCAGAGCAUCGAAGCGCGGUUAGCAGAGAGAAAGAUGAUGAACCCGUUCUCCAUUCCUAACCUGUAUGAGAAGCUGGAGGGCGACGCUCGCACCCGAGCACUGCUGUCGGACCCCAGCUACAGAGAGCUUCUGGAGCAGCUGCGGCUCAAGCCCUCGGAGCUCGGCGCGAAGCUGCAGGACCCUCGAGUGAUGACCACUCUCUCUGUGCUGCUGGGGCUGGACCUGGCUGGGAUGGAUGACGAGGAUGAAGUGACUCCGCCCCCUCCGCCUAAACCCAGAGAGACGGCUCCGCCCCCUCCACCCAAAGAGGAGGAGCUUCCAGAGAACAAGAGAAUGGCCUUGAGGGAGAAGGAGCUGGGAAACACCGCGUAUAAGAAGAAAGACUUUGCUGCUGCGCUGAAGCACUAUGAAGAAGCUCUGAAGCACGAUCCCACCAACAUGAUCUAUCUGUCAAACCAAGCAGCGGUGCGCUUUGAAGAGGGUGAGUUUGAGAAGUGCAGAGAGCUGUGUGAGAAGGCCAUCGAGGUGGGCCGAGAGAACCGGGAAGAUUACAGACAGAUCGCCAAGGUGUACGCCAGGAUCGGGAACUCCUACUUCAAACAGGAGAGGCACAAAGAGGCGGUGCAGUUUUUUAAUAAGAGUCUGACUGAGCAUCGCACGCCUGAAGUCCUCAAGAAGUGCCAGCAGGCCGAGAAGAUUUUAAAGGAACAGGAGAAGCAGGCCUACAUCAAUCCAGAUAUGGCCCUGGAAGAGAAAAACCAGGGCAACGAGGCCUUCCAGAAGGGUGACUAUCCUUUGGCCAUGAAGCAUUACUCUGAGGCCAUCAAGAGAAACCCUUAUGAUGCCAAGCUCUUCAGCAACCGAGCUGCCUGCUACACCAAACUACUGGAGUUCCAGCUGGCGCUCAAGGACUGUGAGGAGUGCAUCAAGCUGGAGCCGAGCUUCAUUAAGGGUUACACACGCAAGGGAGCGGCGCUCGAGGCCAUGAAGGACUUCUCUAAAGCAGCGGAUGCGUACCAGAAAGCUCUGGAGCUGGACUCCUCCUCGAAGGAAGCCAGCGAGGGUCUGCAGCGCUGCAUGGUGAGCCAGGCCAUGAGGAACGACAGUCCAGAGGACGUGAAGCGCAGGGCCAUGUCUGACCCCGAGGUGCAGCAGAUCAUGAGUGACCCUGCCAUGCGCUUGAUCUUAGAGCAGAUGCAGAAAGACCCUCAGGCCCUCAGCGAUCACCUGAAGAACCCCGUCAUCGCUCAGAAGAUCCAGAAGCUGAUCGAUGUGGGGCUCAUAGCCAUCCGGUGAUCAGAGGAGAAGAAGAACAGCCAGGACGUUAUUCAUCUGACCCCUGACCCCUCUCCUCUCCUCACACUGCACCCAAUAAAGAUGUGUGUUUAAGCCUUAAUCAGAUGAAUAUUCCUCCGCUCUGUGUUCACUAGUGUCAGUCAUCGCUGAUGAAAGAAAGAGCAUCUAGCCUUAGAUACAGUAGAUGGGCCUUCACAGUAAACUCUCAUGUUUUGUAUUUCUUUUCUUGGUUUACACCUCAGUGUUUCGGAGGAGAGGUCACCAUCGGUCAUUAAUUCUCUGGUUGCAGGCCUGUUAGAAGCCUGUGUGUCUCUGAAUGUGAACGCAUGGCUGUUAUUGUGCUCUAUAACGCUCUUCUAAACGGCUCUUUGGCUUCCUUUAGUUUGCCAUCGAUUUACUGACUGUGAUUUCAGCUUCAUCAUAUUGAAGAGCAACAUCAGUUUAAUAAAGUUCUGGAUCCAGUGAA